AAAGGAACUCACACUGGAGAGAAACCUUAUGAAUGUAACCAAUGUGGUAAAGCCUUUGCACGUAACAUUAAUCUCCUAAUACAUGAAAGAACUCAUACGGGAGAAAAACCUUAUGAAUGUACCCAAUGUGGUAAAGCAUUUGCACAUAAGAGUAGUCUCCUGAUUCAUGAAAGAACUCACACUGGAGAGAAACCUUAUGAAUGUAACCAAUGUGGUAAAGCCUUUGUAUGUAACCAUCACCUCCUAAGACAUAAAAGAACUCACACUGGACAGAAACCUUAUGAAUGUGACAAAUGUGGUAAAGCCUUUGUACGUAACAUUAAUCUCCUAAUGCAUGAAAGAACUCACACUGGAGAGGAACCGUAUGAAUGUAACCAAUGUGGUAAAGCCUUUGCAAGUAAUAGUCAUCUCCUAAGUCAUAAAAAAACUCACACUGGAGAGAAACCUUAG